UCAGUGAUUAGUAAAGAGCUUGGAAAUCUGUGGCGAAGUGUGCCACGUGGCUACAAAAAUCUCUUUGAUGAUGAGGCGGCCAGGCUGGUGCGUAUCCACCUCGAAGAAUUCCCCAACUACAAGUACCAACCAAAAAAGAAGCUCUCCAGUCUGCUUUCAAGCAGCACCGGUAUCCACUCUAACACCUCUGCCAACUCUGGCAACUCUGUACUACACUCGAGCUUCGCGCACCUUAACGGACAGUCUGUCUGCUCUGGCGGUUUCUUAACGACUUUGAGCUCCAAUCUAGCUUCCACGAAUACUUCAUCCACAUCUUCCUCUUCAGCAAGCUCUCCAUCCGCCAACCAUACGGAAGGGACUGGCUUUCUCGAGCUCUCUGCAACUUCCGUUGCUGGUGAUUCUGCAGGAACUUCUCUAAGACCCUCGAUGGGACUCGGCAUUCUCUCUCAGGUGCCUGGUUCCUUGACAGUGCGUUCAGUGAACCGAGUUAAUCUGAUAUCAGAGGCCUCGUCAGGCUUAUGCGGUCCUGGUGGUAUUCACCGACUUCCAUUAUCCGGUUCUCUGGUCUCAUCGACUUCUCCUGCCUAUUCGUCAAUAUCUUUUUCCCCAUUCUCAUCAUCUUCAUCGUCUUCAUCUUCAUCUUCAUCUUCUUCUUCUGCAUGUUCCUCUGCUUCAUCUAUGUGCUCCUCAUCCAUACCUUUCUCCUCUCCUUCGUCGGUCUCCUCAACACUCGCCAGUCUUAUCGCCACUUCAGCCCCUACUUCUGUUGCUGCUCUUUUCACCACUUCUUCGUCCACUGCACCCGUCUCAUCUUCGCUUUCAGAGACUCACCAGUCAAGUCUGUCGGCUGCCUCCCAGCAUAGUCUACAGCUGCAGUUACAAGCGACGGCAGCGACGCCGACGUCAGCUGAGAUGGGGGUCACUGUGUCCACAGCUCCCGUUAUCAACCAACAGCAGCUGCGCUACCGACGCUUCAGUCAGACCAGCGCAGGAGGUAUGGCUUUAAUAAGCAUAUUUGCACUUAAUCAUGCCUGUUCUCAUUCUAUUAUCUAA